GAGCAAUCAGGCGCAGGAGCAAUCAGGAGCACAAGCAAGCAAGCGGGCGCGUGUCCGCGGCGGGACCGCUGCGAGUGCGCGGCCAUGUGCACCUAGCGCGCGCUGCCCUGGGUCGGGGCCGCGGCCAGGGCAAAGUGACUAGAGCGGCGCAGAUGUUACAUCAGGCUCCUAUGUAAGGGAAUGAUUGUGAUCAUCUGUCAUGGCGUAUGGCUUGCCAAGAAGGAACACAGUACAAACCAUUUUGAAGGGCAGCUGUUAUAAAAUACAGGAACCAUGGGACCUUGCAGAGCUCACAAAGACCUGGUACACAAACUUGACGAACAUCAAGUUGCCGUUCUUGGGAGAAAUCGCAUUUGGUAGUCCUAUGAAUCUCUUGGCAAGCCAAACCAGACAGGAAUGCCUGCUCCCUUCUGUACAAACCAUGACACUUGAAAAGGAGUACGAAGCGAAGCGCCUAGCAAAACUGAAGUGCCAGGAGAAUGUGUGUAAGGAAAUCCAGGUUUCACUGAGGGAAAAGACAGUCGGCCUGAGGAGACCACUUCAGCCCAAGUGACCCCACAUGACCCCAUGUACUGUUGAAUCUGAACCUGUUUCCGGCAUCCAUGGGGAUGAAGCUCUCGAAUUCUUUCAUAGUGUCAAGUAGACACAGAGGUGUGUCUGUGGCAAUGGGGCCAAUGUUUCUAGACAUGGCUCAGUGGACACUGUGACAGAGCCCCCAAGUUCCUGCUACAGUCCUGUUCUUUGUGUCCCAUACAGCAGUCCUCCCUGUAAGUAGAUGAAAACGCAUCUGGAGUUGA